AUGGAGCAAGCCAAGGCGCUCAAUGCACUCGAGCCUUUCCUCGCCCUCAGCAAAUCAGCAACCUCGCCGCGCGCGGCGUCCGACCUGGUUGUGCAGGCAACAAGCGCACCCAACACCUAUGUCUUCGCCGAGCUGCUGCAGACACCAAACAUCCAGAACCUACGGAGCUCCCCGGAGCAUGCGCCCUACCUGACGCUUCUUGAACUCUUCGCCUGGGGCACCUGCGAGGACUACAAGUCACGGCCUGAGCUGCCCAAGCUCUCCGCGACCCAGCACCAGAAGCUGCAGCUUCUCUCGCUGCUCCCCCUCUCGCGCUCCCACGCCACCCUUACCUACAAACACCUCCUGGCCGCGCUCGACCUGCCCACCGCCCGCGCCCUCGAAGAGCUCAUCACCACCGCCAUCUACGCCGGCCUCAUCACCGCCACCCUCGACCCUGCACACUCCCUCGUCUCCGUCACCUCCAUCGCGCCCCUGCGUGACCUCGCGCCCGGCUCGCUCCCCGCCCUGCAGUCGACGCUGCAGACAUGGAGCCAGCGCUGCGACGCGGCGCUCGCCGACCUGGAGGCGCAGGUCGACACGGUGCGGCGCGAUGCCGUGGAGCGCGAGAAGCUGAGGCGGAAGAAGGAGCGCACGAUCGAGGUGCUGACGAGCGAUGAGAAAGCUGCGAGCAAGAAGGGCCCCGUGGCGCUCGGGGACGACGAUGCCAUGGACAUAGAUCAGGAGGGUGGGAGUGGCAGGGUGACGAGGGGGUCGAAGAGAGGCGCUGGCGGGUUCGCCUUGGGAGGCGGGGGAAGAAGGUAG